AAACAAAUAUCAUGUUUGAGAAAUGAGGGUGUUGACAUGAUAAUUGAGUGUGACUGAGAGGCUCAGAGGGAAGAGGGGUUGAAGUGAAGGAAGAAGCGAAGAAGGUUGUUUGUUAAAGAGAGAAGAUAGAAAUUAGGGUUUAGGGUUUAGUUUCGGUUAAGGAAGCGAUGGAAGCGGCGGUGGUGGACGUCGGUUCUAAGCUUCUCAAAGCCGGUUUUGCAAUUCCCGACCAGACUCCGGCCAUGAAUAACUUCAUAGAAAGUGGGCAGAAAGCUCUGAAGACUAGUAAGUGGUCUAUCACCACCAAACUGUUACCAUUUUAAAAAAUAUGAAUUAAGAUAAUUCCCACUAAAAUGAAACAACUGCUUGAUGAUGGAUCGGUUACUGAUAAUUCACUGGCUGAAAAUGUCACGGUUGAUCCAGUUGUGCGGGGAUUUAUUAGAGAUUGGGAUGCCAUUGAGGAUUUGUUGCAGCAUGUUUUAUAUACUGGUCUUGGAUGGGAAAUUGGCAACGAAGGUCAAAUACUCUUUACAGAUCCACUUUGUACCCCAAAGACCAACAAAGAACAGUUGGUGCAAUUAAUGUUUGAAACAUUCAACAUAUCAGGGUUUUAUGCUUCAGAACAAGCAGUGUUAUCACUGUAUGCUGUGGGACGUAUCUCAGGUUGCACUGUUGAUAUUGGACAUGGAAAAAUAGAUAUUGCACCAGUAAUUGAGGGUGCUGUUCACCACAUUGCUUCAAGAAGAUUUGAGUUUGGAGGUAUUGAUCUAACUAAUUUCCUGGCUCAAGAACUAGGCAAGUCCAAUCCAAAAGUAAAUAUCAGCCUGUCUGAUGUGGAGAAAAUAAAAGAACAGUACUCAUGCUGUGCUGUAGAUGAGUUAGCUUAUCAAAAGACCCAAUAUUUUUGUCCUGUGGAGGAGCAUACCCUUCCUGAUGGACAGGUGAUAACAAUUGGGAGAGAAAGAUAUACGGUUGGGGAAGCUUUAUUCCAGCCAUGUCUAUUGGGUUUAGAGGCUCAUGGCAUUGUUGAUCAGCUUGUCCGUGCUAUUUCAACUGUGUCAUCUGAUAAUCAACGGCAGCUGCUGGAAAAUACUGUGGUUUGUGGUGGCACUUCAUCUAUGGCAGGUUUUGAAGAGAGAUUUCAGAAAGAAUCUAGCUUAAGUUCAUCUGCCGUUCAACCCACCCUUGUUAAGCCUCCAGAAUACAUGCCAGAAAAUUUAACCAUGUAUUCUGCAUGGGUGGGAGGUGCAAUACUUGCCAAAGUGGUUUUCCCUCAAAAUCAGCAUAUAACCAAGGCAGACUAUGAUGAAACCGGACCAUCCAUCAUUCACCGGAAAUGCUUCUGAAAUUAUUCAUCUCCAGGAUUUCAACAAUUAUUUAUUCCUCUGCUUGUACCGGUACUGUAACAUGUCGUGCGUGUAUAAUUGUAAAAAUUGUAGCAAUCUCCAUUAAGGUAAUCUUCUCACUCUUUCUACCCCCCAAAAAAAUUUCUUCUCACUCUUCGUGAGUUCCUAAGUUUCAGUAGAAGAUUUCCAGAAAUACUUUUUCCUCAGAAAUGUAUAUAUGUGGGAGCUUGCAUAUCUUUUGCAACGCGGAUAUCCUUGUAAAAUAUUCAUUUUCUUUGUAACCUUGUAGGCUGUGGCUACUAGCAACAUCCCUUCUUGCAGAACCCCUUGUUCCUAUAAUAGUUUGCAUUUUAUGGAUUACUAACAUUCUCUUUAAUAGUUUAAAAGGAAAUUAUAUUUUAGGCUUC